CGUUGUGAAGCACUUGCCUUGCUUGAAAGUUGAAACCAUUCAGAAACAACAAACAGUUAGGCAUAGCCAGCGAAGCCUUUGUUUUUUUCCUGCCCGAGCGAGAGAAAAGAAACAUUGAAAAAAAAUGGCGGAUCAGUGCAUGCUAGGAUGGAUUUUAGCUACUUUGUUUGUUCUCUUCGCUAUCUAUUGUUUGGUAAUUAAGAAGAAGGAACGGGGUACUAAAAAGGAUUUGCUAGAAUCGAGAAGUGAGUCCGUUAAUUGCACAGCCACCGCCAAUGAAGAAUGCAGAUCCGGUAACGUUUCCGAUGCCGACGUUAUCAUUGUCGGCGCCGGUGUUGCUGGCGCCGCUCUUGCUCAUACUCUUGGCAAGGAUGGACGUCGAGUGCGCGUCAUUGAAAGAGACCUGACUGAACCCGAUAGGAUUGUUGGUGAAUUGCUACAGCCAGGGGGUUACCUAAAGUUAAUUGAGUUGGGACUUGAAGAUUGUGUAGAGAAAAUUGAUGCUCAGAAGGUGUUUGGUUAUGCUCUUUUCAAGGAUGGAAUGCACACUCAACUCUCUUAUCCCUUGGAAAAGUUUCACUCAGAUGUAGCCGGAAGGAGCUUUCACAAUGGGCGUUUCAUACAGAGGAUGCGGGAAAAAGCUGUGUCCCUCCCCAAUGUACAUUUGGAGCAAGGAACUGUCACUUCUCUGCUCGAAGAGAAAGGGACAAUUAGAGGUGUGCAGUACAAAACAAAAGAUGGGCAAGAGCUGACGGCAUUUGCUCCUCUGACUAUUGUUUGUGAUGGAUGUUUCUCAAACCUGCGCCGCUCCCUUUGCGACCCUAAGGUGGAUGUGCCCUCAUGUUUUGUUGGUAUGAUCCUGGAGAAUUGCCAACUUCCAUGUGCAAAUCAUGGGCAUGUUAUAUUAGGGGAUCCAUCUCCAAUUUUGAUGUAUCCUAUUAGCAGCACGGAGACUCGCUGUCUGGUUGAUAUUCCUGGUCAGAAGGUUCCUUCCAUUUCAAGUGGUGAAAUGGCAAAAUAUUUGAAGACUCUGGUGGCACCUCAGCUUCCCCCGGAAGUUUAUGAUGCCUUUCUAGCUGCAGUUGAUAAAGGAAACAUUAGGACAAUGCCAAACAGAAGCAUGCCAGCUGCUCCUUAUCCUACUCCCGGUGCCUUGUUGAUGGGCGAUGCAUUCAACAUGCGGCAUCCUCUAACUGGGGGAGGGAUGACUGUUGCAUUGUCCGACAUUGUUGUGCUAAGGAAUCUUCUCAGGCCUUUGCGUGACCUUAAUGAUUCCCCUACCCUCUGCAAAUACCUCGAAUCUUUCUACACCUUGCGUAAGCCUGUAGCAUCCACAAUCAAUACACUGGCAGGUGCACUUUACAAGGUCUUUUGUGCUUCACCUGAUGAAGCAAGGAAGGAAAUGCGUCAGGCAUGCUUUGAUUAUUUAAGUCUUGGAGGUGUAUUUUCAGAAGGACCAGUGUCUUUGCUCUCAGGUUUGAACCCCCGUCCGUUGAGCUUGGUUGCCCACUUCUUUGCAGUUGCUAUAUAUGGUGUUGGUCGUUUGUUACUGCCAUUCCCUUCACCUAAACGCAUCUGGAUUGGAGCUAGAUUGAUUUCAGGUGCAUCGGGAAUUAUCUUCCCCAUCAUUAGGUCAGAAGGAGUUAGACAAAUGUUCUUCCCUGCAACUGUUCCUGCAUAUUACAGAUCUCCUCCAGUCAUGUGAGACUGAUUUGACAAGACGCCAGGAGAUAGCAAAUUUUUCUUAUGCCGGUCAAAUUGAGCCACUUGUGUCCCAACUCCUCCUUCCCCUUGUUCAAAGUCGACUGGGUGAGGUUGAAUGCUUCAACGAAUCACUGUGCAUUAUUAUACUUUUUUUUUUUGUUCCUAGGAUCUUUAUACAUCUUCAACUCUUGAUAUCAAUAUAUAAUAUCCACUUUCAAGCCGUCAGGUUUUAA